CCGUGCGGCCCCGCGUGGACGCGGCGUCGGCGCGGCGGGGUGGGUUCCGCUUUGUCUGCGCUCCACCUGAGCGCGGGGAAGUUGGCGUUCCGAGGCAGGGCGCACCUAGCGCGCGCGCUCUCCGGGAUCCCCGCGGUCCGCCCCGGGCGAGCCGGCGGGGGCGCCUAGGGAGCCGGGGAGCAGCCCCUCCCAUGGGUCCCCGGCACCAGAGCGCAGAGUCGCGGGGCGCGGACCGCAGUUAUGUCAAGAUGCCCUCUUUCCUGUUGCUGGAAGCCCUCUGCCUUUUCCUGUUUGCUGGAGUGCCCCCAUCCCUCCCUCUGCAGGAAGUCCACGUAAGCCAGGAGACCAUUGGGAAGAUUUCAGCCGCCAGCAAAAUGAUGUGGUGCUCGGCUGCAGUGGACAUCCUGUUUCUGAUAGACGGCUCUCACAGCGUCGGGAAAGGGAGCUUUGAAAGGUCCAAGCACUUUGCCAUCACGGUCUGUGACGCUCUGGACAUCAACCUCAGGAAGGUCAGGGUGGGAGCUGUCCAGUUCAGUUCUGCUCCUCGUCUGGAAUUCCCCUUGGAUGCAUUUUCAACCCAACAGGAAGUGAAGGCCAAAAUCAAGGGGAUGGUUUUCAAAGGAGGGCGCACAGAGACAGGCCACGCUUUGAAAUACCUCCUGCGCAAAGGGUUCCCUGGGGGCAGAAAUGCCUCUGUGCCCCAGGUCCUGGUCAUCGUCACUGACGGGAGGUCCCAAGGGCACGUGGCCCUGCCAGCCAAGCAGCUGAAGCAGAGGGGCGUCGCUGUGUUUGCCGUGGGGGUCCGCUUCCCGAGGUGGGAGGAGCUGCACACACUGGCCAGUGAGCCAUGGGAGCAGCACAUACUGAUGGCUGAGCAGGUGGAGGACGCUGCCAACGGCCUCUUCAGCACCCUCAGUGGCUCUGCCAUCUGCACCAUCACCUCUCCAGAAUGCAAGGUCCAGCCUCACCCCUGUCAGCGCAAGACACUGGAGACAGUCAGGGAGCUUGCCGGCCACGCCCCAUGCUGGAGAGGAUCUCGGGGGACCGACGCCAUGCUGGCUGCGCUCUGUCCCUUCUCCAGCUGGAAGAGAGUGUUCUUAACCCACCCUGCUACCUGCCACAGGACCAUCUGCCCAGGCCCCUGUGACUCCCAGCCCUGCCAGAAUGGAGGCACAUGUGUUCCAGAAGGACUGGACAGGUACCACUGCCUCUGCCCGCCGGCCUUUGGAGGGGAGGCUGACUGCGCCCCGAAGCUGAGCCUGGAGUGCCGCGUCGACGUCCUCUUCCUGCUGGCCGGCUCGGCGGGCACCACCCCGGAGGGCUUCCUGCGGGCCAAGGCCUUCGUGAAGCGGUUCGCGCAGGCGGCGCUGGGCGAGGACUCCCGGGCGCGCAUCGGCGUGGCCCGCUACGCCGCCGAGCUGGCGCUGGCCGUGCCGGUGGGCGAGUACCAGGACGUGCCCGACCUGGUCCGGAGCCUGGACGCCGUGCCCUUCGGCGGCGGCGGCGGCGCCACCCUGACGGGCAGUGCCUUGCGGCAGGCGGCGGAGCGCGGCUUCGGGAGCGCCGCCAGGACGGGCCAGGACCGGCCCCGCCGGGCGGUGGUCCUGAUGACCGAGGCGCGCUCCCAGGACGAGGUGGCUGGCCCGGCGCGUUUCGCGAGGGCCCGGGAGCUGCUGCUGCUGGGCGUGGGCAGCGAGGCCGUGCGGGCGGAGCUGGAGGAGAUCACGGGCAGCCCGGAGCGCGUCAUGGUCUACACCGGCCCGCAGGACCUGUUCAGCCAAAUCCCAAAGCUGCACGGGAAGCUAUGCAGCCGGCAGCGCCCAGGCUGCCAGGCCCAGUCGCUGGACCUGGUCUUCAUGUUGGAUGCUUCAGCCUCAGUGGGGCCUGAGAACUUCGCCCAGAUGCAGAGCUUCGUGAGAAGUUGCGCCCUCCAGUUUGAUGUGAACCCAGACGUGACGCAGAUCGGCCUGGUGGUGUAUGGCGGCCGGGUCCAGACUGCCUUCAGGCUGGAUACCCACCUCACCCGUGCUGCGGUGUUGCGGGCCAUGAGCCAGGCCCCCUACCUGGGCGGGGCGGGCUCGACAGGCAUGGCCUUGCUGCACAUCUAUGACAAGGUGAUGGUGGUCCACAAGGGUGCCCGGCCUGGUGUCCCCAAGGCUGUGGUGGUGGUCACGGGCGGGAGUGGGGCGGAGGAUGCGGCUGUCCCUGCCCAGAAGCUGAGGGACAACGGCGUCUCUGUCUUGGUGGUGGGCGUGGGGCCUGUCCUGACGGAGGCACUGCGGAGGCUUGCAGGUCCCCGGGACUCCCUGAUCCACGUGGCAGCUUACGAAGACCUGAGGCACCACCAGGACAUGCUCAUGGAGUGGAUAUGCCAAGAAGCCAAGCGGCCAGUUAACCCCUGCAGACCCAGCCCGUGCCUGAACAAGGGCACCUGCGUCCUGCACGACGGGAGCUACCGCUGCGAGUGCCGUGCCGGCGGGGAGGGCCCCCACUGUGAGCGCCGGACCUUGAGGGGAGAUGCCCCCAGGAUACGUGGCUCCAGCCCAGAGCCUGCAGGAGAGCAGCAGCCCUCCCAGCUGCUACCGAGAAGGCCCGGGCCCCCUGGGCGCUGAGGGGGGGGCCUGCCCUCAGUGGAGCAUCCUGUCUCGUGCGGCCCUUUUGAGUGUCUGCCUCUGGCUGUGUCUGGAAUCCUCCUGCCCUGCUUCCCGACCCAGGUAGAAGAGAGGGCUCGGCUGGAGAUGACCCUGCUUAGGGACAUGGUAGCAGUGGAUUUCACCCUCUAACAACGAUGUUGAAAACUCUACACGUGAAAAGUAAGUACCUACUGGGCUGGACCUGGUUGUGCCCUGCCGAGCUGGUGUCAUCUGCCACCUUUCCCCUGAGGAGGAACAGAGGAACCUGGAGACUUCUGAUGGCCUGUUGGAAGCUCACUUUGCCCACGACAAAUGCUAAAUAGAAUGUUGUUGGGACAGUCAUGCCCAACAGACGGCAGCGAUGCGGGUGUCAUUCAGAGCACUGCCGCCGUGGCAUUUCAGGAUGGACCCGGCGUGGACCUUCUCACACAUCUUUCCCCUGAGAUGUCCUGGGUGCAUUCGUUCUUAGUUUGACAAGGUGCUCGAGUGGCAUUUGUGCCUUGUUCCGGGACUGGAUGUGUGUGUGUGUGUGGGGGGUGGUUGGAAUGGCCAGACUGGAAGGUGAGCGAUCGCUUGUGAGGGAUGGGCUAAGUGUGCAAACAGCCCGGGUCUCCAGGGGACACGUGAGCUUGGCCUGGGCACUGAGCAGCACUCCCUCCCAGGGGCUUCUGUGAGUUUACUUAGGAGGGUUAAUUGUGGGGUGUUUCUGAGUCCUUGUCUUACUCUGCCUUUUGGGAACAAAAAAUUCUUAAACUCAAUACAGAAUAAAGAAAUUUA